AUGGACUUCUCCCUCCAAAACCACCAAUCUUUCAUCGGCCGGCCAGCAAAAGACCUCCCCACCCCAUCUCUAGUCCUCAGCAAACCCAUCCUCGAAAAAAACACCCAACAGCUCCUCGAAGAUGUCAAGAACCUGGGAAUCGCAUUUCGACCACACGUCAAAACACUCAAGUCCCUCGAAGUAACCCGCAUGAUGCUCGGAAACGGCCAGCACCGCAAAAUCGUCGCCUCAACCCUCUGCGAAAUCCGCGGUGCAAUUCCCCUAGUCAAUGAAGGCAUCCUGGACGAGUGCCUCUACGGUCUCCCAAUCUACCCCAGCGCCCUCCCAGCCCUAACCGAGCUCUCCCAAUCUCUCAAAAUCCUCCUCAUGGUCGACAACGAGGCCCACAUCGAUAUCCUCGAGUCCUACGCUACUACCUCGGGAAUCACUAUGCCCUGGCCCGUGUUCAUUAAAGUUGAUGUUGGGUCGCACCGUGCAGGCCUGGAGACGUCCUCCGGUGCGCUAAGGGCGCUUGUAAAGCGUGCUGAGGGGUCUGCUGCGGUGGAGGUGGAGGGGUUUUAUUGUCAUGCGGGGCAUUCGUAUGCGGCGAGGAGUGAGGAGGAGGCAAGGGCUGUGCUGAAGGCUGAGCUUGAUGGGGUGGUUGCUGCUUCUGGGCUUUUGGAUGUGGAGGGUGAGAGGAAGGUGGUUGUUUCGAUUGGAUCGACGCCGACGGCGCAUGUUGUUAGUGCGCUGAGGGCGUGUUUGCCGGGACAUUUGGUGCUGGAGGUUCAUGCUGGAAAUUACCCGGCCAAUGACCUCCAGCAGGUCUGUACUGGUUUGGUGCAUGAGUCGCAGCAGGCUGUUCGGAUCGCAGCUGAGGUGUGUAGCGUUUACCCCGGGCGGAACGAGGCGUUGGUUAAUGCGGGGACGGUUGCGCUGUCGAAAGAGACGAGUGCUUUGCCUGGCUUUGGGGAUGUGGCGGGUAGUCCUCACUGGUCGGUUAGGGUAGAGGAGAAGUUUAGGGUUGGGCAGAGGGUUUAUCUUUAUUGUCAGCAUGCUUGUAUUACUGCUGCGCAGUAUCACGUUUAUUAUGUUGUUGAUGAGGAGGAUGUGGUGAGAGAGACUUGGGUGCCAUGGAAGGGGUGGUAA